CAAAGUAACAGGAAGUGACGUACUAUUUGCGCAUGCCUGUACUCAUGGUGCAUCCGGGUACGGAACAUGGGAAAGUAGCGAAUAAACAUGGAAGUCAACUCAGCAUUUUAAAAAUAUCAACAUGGCUACAGCUGACGUGAAGCCGCUUCAGAAUGCCAUGAAAAUGGCGAAAACGGCAAUAAAUCUGGACGGAGGAAACAGACACAAGGAAGCUUACUGUGAAUACCUUCGGACAAUCAACUACAUAUCACAUGUCCUUUUGGAGGAAGCUGUGUCUCAAACCUCGGAGAAGGACAUGGUUCAGCCGAAGGUGGAACGCAUGUUGACACUGGCUGAGCAGUGUCUGGAGCGAGCCAGGUCAUUUCUAAACAAGACCGCUGACCCCUCUGCUCUUUCGGCCUCUGGUUCCUCUUCGCUUUCAACGAGCCAGUCCAGCUGUUGUCCAGUUGCUACGGUCAUUAAUGCAGCUACUUCUUCCAGUGAGCAGGAAGAGUCCAGUCCCACGAAUACUUGCCGGCACCCGGGUGAUGAUCGGGUGCGGUCCCCUUUCCUGCCUCCUCAUGUCUUCCAAAGACUACAAACAGUGGUGUUAAAGGAUAUGCACAAAAAAUUCAAUUUGUUGCCCCCUCUUGGUGUGAUGUCAUCUACAGAACUGGGCCCAAUUUCCCCGCAUAGAAAGUGUGAAGAAAGGGAGCUGACACCUAUUGAAGAAGCCUCACAUUUGAAUCAGAAGCUAAAAGCCAAUUAUGAGGCUCGCCUGGCAAGACUCACACCUGGUCAAGCCUAUCAGAAGACUUCUUUAACACUGACCCUCCAGCGGCAGAUGAUGGAGAACCUCAUCAUAGCCAAAGCAAGGCAAGAGGCACUCCAGCGGAAGAUGGAGGAAACAAGAUUACGGUUGCAGGAAGAAGCCAACAGGAGAUUUGCAGCCUCCGGGGCAAUGACUCCAGAGGAGCAGGAGCAGCGAAUUCUUUAUACCAAUGUUUUGGAGUAUGAGCAGGACCAUGAUUGGCCCAAGCAAUGGAAAGCCAACAUGAGGGAGAAUUCUGAUGAUGUCGCUUUAGUGACUGAAUUGAUUUCUUGCCUGCUCAGUUCUGAUCAUCCAGUGGUGAAGCUGCUGAAGAAACAACAAUAUCGCAUCUACAACAGGCUUUAUCCGAUUGUCAGUAAAGGACUACCAACAAGUAGUGCACUAGCAGUGAGACCAUCCGACAGCAGUAACAACCCCGUACAUCCAGGCAGCACUCCAAGCAGUAACCAGGGCUUCACCAGCGACUCCUUGCUUUCACCGUCACUCUCUCAUGACGUAAACAUUACUGAUGAUGUGGAAGAAGGGAAGGAGCGUCACCUGUAUAUGACGAAGGAGCUUGACAACUCUUUUGAAGAUUUAGAGCAGUUUCUCUCCGAGAUAGACUGGGAUCAGCUGGACAGCAGCACUAAAGACUCUUGCUUUGACCCGGAGCUAAGCGGUGAUAAGGCCACUUGUCAGGAGCUGGAGGAGGAAACCUUUUCAGACCUGGAGAUGAGGGCGCUUAAACAACACCUGAAGGCAAUUGUCAAAGACAUACAUAUAGCAAUUGAGCAACUUCUAUCACUUUGUUUGCUGUCCUUUGAGUGUCUGAACACGGCCAGUUAUAAGGACUUGUGUCUGGCCAGCAUCGAGGAGUCCUUUUUCAUGCCCCUAUGGAGCGCCUUGCUUGCUCUUUUCAGGAAAGUCCACAGGAAAAGAGAACUCUCAUGUGAGAUUCGAAUGAAACUCUUUCAGGAUGUUUCACCUCUCGAUUUUGGUGUACCCUUGACACUGUUCCCCCUGGACCUUCACACACUGAAAGGUUCAUACCCUUACGAGUGUGCUGUUCAAGAGCUGAAGCUUCUUACAAAAGACUUCUGCCCGCAAAGAAAGUUGGAAUGUAUUGUGAGGACAUUACGCCUGAUCUGCGCUUGUGCUGAAGACUACAGAGGCCUUCACGAGGUGGAUUCAGCACCCAGUACAGCUGCCAUUGGUGCCGAUGACCUACUACCAAUCCUGUCCUUUGUGGUUCUGCGCUGUCAGUGUCCUCAACUGGUCUCUGAAUGUGCUGCCUUGGAGGAGUUCAUCCAUGAAGGCUAUUUGAUUGGCGAGGAAGGCUACUGUUUGACUUCCAUGCAGAGUGCUUUGGCCUUUGUGCAGACGCUGCAUAUAGAUGGAGUGGACCCUCCUGCAGAGCACUCCAUUUGAAACAGGUAGAUGAUAUUCUCAUUCUUUCAUGGUGCAAUGUUGGAUUUGUAAGCAAAACAUUGUAUCCAGUACAGCAAAUACAAUACCUUUGACAAACGUAACAAAUACAAUAAAUCCAAUAGGCAAAACACGAGGCCAGUUGAAGGGAAUUGACUAGAAGUAAUUGUACACAAGAGGUUGCUUAUUUGUUUUUAUUUCAAUUUGGGUCAAAUGAGAUGAUAUUUUAUAAAAGUGUACUUUUGUCAUUUGGCCAUUAAUGCCCUCCUGAGGCUCUGCUUUUCUUUCUUUUUCCAGACCACAUUUGCUGUUUUAUUAAGCACAUGUUUCUGCUUUAAAAGCCUUUUUAUGGAAAGUGACUGUUUUUCCUUGUUCUGUUUUGUCUCCAUUUUAUUUAAAGGAAUCCAAGUGUUUUUUUUAAAUGGCUUCUUAUUGUUUAAAAGAAGCAUGACUUGCGGAUGAAAAAACAUUUGCAAUAUUUAUCUGGCAUGGUGUGUUAUGACAUCACUUAUAUCAAUGUUCAGCAUAAUAAUAGUCAUAGUAUAUUUGAUAUAAGGACUCAGUAAAUAUUUCAAUUCCAAUGAAUUGUGUACUGGCUCAACUGUGAAACACAAUUUGACUGCUGCUUAUGUCAAAACAUUUUGAAAAGGUAAUAUAGAAUGUAACACAAAAACAAAGUUAUAUGUUAGAAAUGUUUAUUGAAGUAUGAUAUUACUAAUGGAUGGCUGCUUUUUUGUUUAGUUUUUACAAUUUAAACUCUGUGCAUUAUGCAAAUUAUUAAUUGUAUAUGAAUUGUAUUACCUCCUUGUUCUUUGUUAAACAGUUGUGUCAUGAAAGCUUGUGAAAAAUAGAAUAAAUGUGUUUGGGUCAAUAAAGACAAGAGAUACUUUUUUUCAUUUUCGACUAUUAUGGUUUUAUAA